CGCGGUGAAUCGAACGUCGAGAGGGCGGUGGGCGGUGCGGAGUGCCGAAGCGCCUUGCUCCCAGCCGUCGGCCCAGUCCGGCGAUUCCGAGGCCUUGCCAUGAGUCUUUCGCGGCUCUGCCUGGACUCGGAGAAACGCGGGGCAUCUACCUGAGCCUGCUUUUCUACAAGAUGUGGGGAUUUUUGAAGCGCCCUGUAGUGGUGACUGCCGACAUCAAUUUGCACCUUGUGGCCCUGACUGGGAUGGGGUUACUGAGCCGGCUGUGGCAGCUCACCUACCCGCGGGCCGUGGUUUUUGACGAAGUAUAUUAUGGGCAGUACAUCUCUUUUUACAUGAAACGAAUCUUCUUCUUGGACGACAGUGGACCACCAUUUGGCCACAUGGUGCUGGCCUUGGGAGGUUAUUUAGGAGGAUUCGAUGGCAAUUUUUUGUGGAACAGAAUUGGAGCAGAAUACAGUAGCAACGUGCCUGUGUGGUCUCUGCGCCUGCUGCCGGCGCUCGCUGGGGCCUUGUCAGUCCCCAUGGCCUACCAGAUAGUGUUGGAGCUCCACUUUUCUCAUUGUGCCGCCGUGGGAGCUGCUCUGUUGAUGCUUAUUGAGAAUGCUCUCAUCACGCAGUCAAGGCUAAUGCUCUUGGAAUCAGUGUUAAUAUUUUUUAAUCUAUUGGCCGUGUUGUCCUACCUGAAGUUCUUCAACUGCCAAAAGCAGAGCCCUUUUUCUCUGAGCUGGUGGUUCUGGCUGACACUGACAGGAGUCGCUUGUUCCUGUGCGGUGGGCAUCAAGUACAUGGGUGUGUUCACGUACAUGCUCAUGCUGGUUGUCGCAGCCGUCCAUGCCUGGCACCUGAUUGGAGACCAGACUUUGUCCAAUGUCCGUGUGUUCUGUCACUUGCUCGCCCGAGCAGUGGCUUUGCUGGUCAUCCCGGCCGUCCUGUACUUACUGUUUUUCUACGUCCACUUGAUUCUGCUCUUCCGCUCUGGGCCCCACGACCAAAUUAUGUCCAGUGCCUUCCAGGCCAGCUUAGAGGGAGGACUAGCUCGGAUCACCCAGGGCCAGCCGCUGGAGGUGGCCUUUGGGUCCCAGGUCACUCUGAGGAGCGUCUUUGGCAAACCAGUGCCAUGCUGGCUUCACUCCCACCAGAACACCUACCCCAUGAUAUAUGAGAACGGCCGAGGCAGCUCCCACCAGCAGCAGGUGACCUGUUACCCCUUCAAAGACGUCAAUAACUGGUGGAUUGUAAAGGAUCCCAGGAGGCACCAGCUGGUGGUGAGCAGCCCCCUGAGACCCGUGCGGCAUGGGGACAUGGUGCAGCUAGUCCACGGCAUGACCGCCCGCUCCCUGAACACGCAUGACGUUGCAGCCCCCAUGAGUCCCCAUUCACAGGAGGUCUCCUGCUAUAUCGACUAUAACAUCUCCAUGCCCGCCCAGAACCUCUGGAGACUGGAAAUUGUGAACAGAAGAUCCGACACAGAGGUCUGGAAGACAAUCCUCUCAGAGGUCCGCUUUGUGCAUGUGAACACUUCCUCUGUCUUAAAGCUGAGUGGGGCUCACCUCCCUGACUGGGGAUUUCGGCAGCUGGAGAUCGUCGGGGAGAAACUGUCCCGGGGCUACCAUGAAAGCACAGUGUGGAACGUAGAGGAGCACCGCUACGGCACGAGCCAGGAGCAAAGAGAGCGGGAAUGGGAGCUGAACUCACCUGUGCAGGUGGACGCCAGCAGGAACCUGAGCUUCAUGGCCAGAUUCUCAGAGCUGCAGUGGAGGAUGCUGGUGCUGAGAAGCGAUGACUCAGAACACAAGUACAGCUCCAGCCCACUGGAGUGGGUCACCCUGGACACCAAUAUCGCCUACUGGCUGCACCCUAGGACCAGCGCUCAGAUCCACCUACUUGGAAACAUAGUGAUCUGGGUUUCGGGCAGCCUCGCCCUAGCCAUCUACAUGCUGCUGUUCUUGUGGUACUUGCUCCGACGGCGAAGAAACGUCCACGACCUCCCCCAGGAUGCCUGGCUGCGCUGGGUGCUGGUGGGGGCGCUGUGCGCUGGUGGCUGGGCCGUGAACUACCUCCCGUUCUUCCUGAUGGAGAAGACACUCUUCCUCUACCACUACCUGCCCGCGCUCACCUUCCAGAUCCUUCUGCUCCCUGUGGUCUUGCAGCACAUCAGCGACCAUCUGUGCAGGUCCCAGCUCCAAAGGAGUGUCUUCAGCGCCCUCGUGGUGGCCUGGUACUCCUCUGCAUGCCAUGUGUCCAACACGCUGCGCCCACUCACUUAUGGGGACAAGUCACUCUCGCCAGAAGAACUCAAGGCCCUUCGCUGGAAAGACAGCUGGGACAUCUUGAUCCGAAAACACUAGAACAAGAGUGUGGCAGAGAAUGCCCUUGCUGGGGCGAGACGAGGUUGAAGGGUUUUGGUCAGUGUACCUUAAUGAGCAGGGUGCCCCCAUGCUUGGAGGAUGUGGGCCGGGCUCAGUAGGGACUCCACUGGAACGCGUGGUGGUCUCAUUCCUGAAAAGCCCUCUUAUGAGCACCUCCUUUUGUGCAGUUAAUUUUUUCUUGACAAUGAAGAACAUGUUCCCUCCGUGUCCUCCUGAGAGGCCCUGAACUAAGACACAGAGAGUGUUUCAGCGGCCAGCGUAGGAGUCAUCGAGGAAGACAGCUGAGGACCUAGGGCUAGCAGUGAAGCAAGUGACAGCCUCAUCAGACCAACACCCGGUCCUUGCUAACCACUGCAGGGUGGAGUUUGAUCUGGUGGCCCCAUCUCCUUCAUGAAUGCCCUGAAUGCCCGCCAGUGGGAGCAGUCCCACCCUGGCCCUUAGCGAGCCCGGCAGGCAUCCCUGGACGGCUCCUUGUCAGAAGAGCUGCCUGCAUGGGAACCAGGCUGGGCUUGUGUGUCAUUUUCUGACGGCAUCGAGGCUGGCCCUCUGCACUAUGCCAUGCAGAAACCCUCCCACCUGAGAUGCCACUGAGAUGUGGCUGAGUAGCAUCUUCCUCCCUCCAUGGCCAAGGUCUGUGUCAUCCAUACAGCUCCUUGCCCCUACUUUGUCUUUUUUAUUGUAAUUUAAAAAGGGACAAACUGGCA